UCGAAGUGCCACCAGGGGACUCGAGAGAAGAUGCAAGAAUCCAUUCUCAAACACUUGCGUGAAGCCAAGAACCGAUUUGUCUGGCUACGUGGCUCACCGGGUACUGGGAAGACCGCGAUAUGUUUAAGCAUCGCAUCCGUUCUUGAGGAAGGGGGUGCCCUGGCGGCAUCUUUUUUUUGGGACAAGAACCAAAAGGAAUCCGGGCUGGGUUCUAUC